CCCGGGGAGAAACCGGAGAAGCCAGACGCGCUUGAAUGUUUGCCUCCUUUUUCUAUGCUUCUUCCUAGAAGGUGGGUCUUUUCUGCUUCUUCCACAAAAGCGGCUACUCUGUCCGAGUAUAAAAGGCAGGCGCUGCUCAUGUGGUCACGUAGAGCUCAACACAGCGCGUCCGCACGUGCAGCAGCUCCGUCCACUCACCUAUACAUCGGCAGCAGCAGCAGAAGCUCGAGCUCACGACGACCUUGCCCACCACCAGCGCAGAUGGAUAUCGAAGCGGCGAAGUCCUCCCCGGCGGCGCGAGACCCGCCGUCUGCGGCGGCGCACAUGGAUAUCGAAGCGGCAACGUCCUUCCCGGUGGCGCGAGACCCGCCGCCGCGGCCGGUGCCACAGACGGCGCAGCUGGGCGAGGCCCCGGAGCAGCAGUGCGGGUGGGGGCGCUGGGCGUUCCUGGCGGUCGUGUCGCUCGUCCUCACCGGCGAGUUCGCGUGGGACGCGUACCAGGUGCGGCGCAGCCCGCGGAAGCUCGCCUUCGUGGUCGUCACCUACGACCUCGUCGUGGUGCUCUGCUGCUGCCUCGUGAAGCAGAACCUCCUGCGGCGCGACGACCCGGCGGUGGCGCCCGAGCGGCGGCGGGUCACGAUCGGCGUGUGGGUGGUCUCGGUGGCGCUCGCCGUCAUCAUCGCCGCCCGCGUCGCCUUGGUGAUCGUCGGGUGGCGCUGAAGAUCGCAGUGUUGGUGAUCACCGGCGUGGGCAUCGGACUGGCGUCCUGCCCCACCAGACGUCACCGGAGCAGAGUUUUUGAAUUAUGGGUCUCUCUGCUGGA